AUGGGAAGACUCCUUACUGCAGGGUGCGAAGGGGCCGGCGCUGCUGCCGGGUUACGAGUCGGCGAAAGCGGCGGGAAGUUCGUACUGGGCCGAAGGCGACGGGACUGCGGCUUAGGCAAAGAAACUGUAAUCUAGAAUGUACAUGUGAACAACUUUAUACGAACAAUUUUUGUACUUGGUUUACUUGGAUUGGUAUGAUACGUUUAAGUUCUUAAAAACGAUUUUCAUAGCACAUACUGACUGAGGAAAAGAAAGAAAAAACAAAGCUGGAUAUCCAUUUGGAAAAAGCUGGACUUUUCCUUCAUGUCUUAUACUAAAUGAAAAUGCCUCGUGUAAAAGCAACUCAAGCUGGAAGACAGGGCCCUGCAAAGAGACAUCUUGCAGAACAGUUUGCAGUUGGGGAGAUAAUAACUGACCUGGCAAAAAAGGAAUGGAAAGUAGGAUUACCCAUUGGCCAAGGAGGCUUUGGCUGUAUAUAUCUUGCUGAUACGAAUUCUUCAGGGUCAGUUGGAAGUGAUGCACCUUGUGUUGUAAAAGUGGAACCCAGUGACAAUGGACCUCUUUUUACUGAAUUAAAGUUCUACCAACGAGCUGCAAAACCAGAGCAAAUUCAGAAAUGGAUUCGUACCCAUAAGCUGAAGUACCUGGGUGUUCCUAAGUAUUGGGGGUCUGGUCUACAUGACAAAAAUGGAAAAAGUUACAGGUUUAUGAUAAUGGAUCGCUUUGGGAGUGACCUUCAGAAAAUAUAUGAAGCGAAUGCCAAAAGGUUUUCUCGGAAAACUGUCUUGCAGCUAAGCUUAAGAAUUCUAGAUAUUCUGGAAUAUAUUCACGAGCAUGAGUAUGUGCAUGGAGAUAUCAAGGCCUCAAAUCUUCUUCUGAGCUACAGGAAUCCUGACCAGGUGUACUUGGUAGAUUAUGGCCUUGCUUAUCGGUACUGCCCAGAAGGAGUUCAUAAAGAAUACAAAGAAGACCCCAAAAGAUGUCAUGAUGGCACUAUUGAAUUCACGAGCAUUGAUGCACACAAUGGCGUGGCCCCAUCAAGACGUGGUGAUUUGGAAAUACUUGGUUAUUGCAUGAUCCAAUGGCUUACUGGCCAUCUUCCUUGGGAGGAUAAUUUGAAAGAUCCUAGAUAUGUUAGAGAUUCCAAAAUUAGAUAUAGAGAAAAUAUUGCAAGUUUGAUGGACAGAUGUUUUCCUGAGAAAAACAAACCAGGUGAAAUUGCAAAAUACAUGGAAACAGUGAAAUUACUAGACUACACUGAAAAACCUCUUUAUCAAAAUUUGCGCGAUAUUCUUUUGCAAGGACUAAAAGCUAUAGGAAGUAAGGAUGAUGGCAAAUUGGACCUCAGUGUUGUGGAGAAUGGAGGUUUGAAAGCAAAAACAGUAACAAAGCGAAAGAAAGAAAUUGAAGAAAGCAAGGAAUCUGGUGUUGAAGAUAUGGAAUGCUCAAAUACACAGACAGAGGAGCCCAUACAGACCCGAAGUGAGGAGUCCCAAGGAGCAUGGAAGCAUGUCUCAGCCAGAGGCUAGCUGCAGCAGCUAUGACAGUGAGUGGGAACAAAAUUAAGGAGCAUUUAUAAAGAUACAGUAAUAUUCUUAAAAAACAAUCCCUUAAAUUUUAAAACUGGCAAGUUUAGUUUUGGUAGAUCCUGAAUUGUUUUAGUGAGAUUGACACUCAUUAAGUCUAAGACAGAGUCUCAGCUGCGCAUCAGGAAGGCUCAUUCCUCUUGACUGCUUGGGCAUCAUUUGAUACCUGAACUUUGCUUAAUGAACGUCAAGGGUUUUAUUUUGAUAGAUAAAUGCUUUUAAAUUCUAGUAUAAUUAUGAAAAAUUUUUAACCUAAAUUUUUAGUGUAAGGCUGUCUGCUGAUGGUUUUUCCCAUGAAAAAUUUACUUUCCCCCUCCUGUUCAUAAAAUGGAGACUGCUUUUGUUGGUAUUGAUUUUGGACCAUUCCUGAGGAAUCUUUGGAGAAAGCAUGACUAGUCAAAUAUAUGAGUAUUUUUGUUAUCUUAUUAAUGAGAGAAGAGUAAAGUCAUAAAUAAGAACAAUUCAGUUUGUUUGACAUAAGUUAAGAAGAUAAAGAAUAAUCAGAUUCACCCUUAAUUGUAUAAACGCAGAAUUGCUUUUCUUAAAAUGCUGUUUAUUUCCCCCAUUACAGUUCACUUUUUUCCCCCUAAAGUACAAGGCAAGUUAAGGUAUUUUACUAUCAAAAUAAUAAUAAGUGAGAGAAAUAUUAUCUGAUGGUAAAAUGUUAUUGCUUCCAGCAAAAAAAGCCAAGAGUUCAUGUAAAUAUGUAUUUUUAAGUUUGUCCAUUUAAAGUCACUUGAAGGAGAAGACAAAUUAUUACAUAUGAUUUUUAAAAAAUUUUCCACGAUAUAUAAUACAAUUCAGUGAAUUCUGUGUUUUAGGGCUUUAAGAUUUUCUGUCAUAAACAUGUUUCAAGAAUGGUUACCUCUAACAGCAGCCUUAGAAAUGUCAGUUUCUUCAUUAACAAUUUUAUUUUCAAACACAAUUUGUGAUUUACAAUAUGGUAAGAGAUUUUUCUCACUGUGAUCUUUCAUAAUACUGUGCCUAGCAAAAUGGGAGCAACUUUCCUUUAAUAUCUAUUUAGACCAUUUUAAAAACAUGUAUAAUUUUCUUGAUACACCUGAACUCAUUUUGAAUAGUUGGGGGUCUAUUGUGUAAGAACACAUUCUGAAAGCUUUCAAAAUGUGUAUUGUGUAGGUUUUCUCAAAUAAAGAGAGGAGGUGAUGGGAUGGUUUUCAAGAAGAACAGAGGCCUCUAAUCCUUUUAUUUUUAUGCAAGGCAUAAUUUUUACCAGUUGAGAAAAUUUGGUUAUUUGCUGCAAGUAAUUUUUCCCCUCACAAAAUGAUAGCCUUUAAAAAUCAUACAUAUUCUGGCAUUUCAAAAUCUUGCCAAUAUUUUAGAAUUGUGCUAAAAAUUAGCUAAUAUAGCCAUGAUAUUUAUGGCUGGUGUGCUUUCCCCCUCCUGUUCAUAAAAUGGAGACUGCUUUGGUUAGUACUGAUGUUGGACCAUUCCUGAGGAAUCUUUGGAGAAAGCAUUUUUGACUAGCCAAAAAGUAGAUAUUUUUAAGGGAACCCUACAAAGAAAUUUUCUACCGUUUUUUCCCUACUGCAUUACAGAACCGUAGAAGAGCAUCCCAAACGUGUAUGUUAUUUUCCACAUAUCAUAUUAUUACAUUAGUCUUCUCAUUGGACCCUUUGCCAGUAGUGUAUAUUAGGAGAAUGGUUAGAUUUUAAAUUAAAGAGAUAAGAAGAUUUUUUUCUGUAACCAUCAGAAUUGAUUAUUAGGGAAAAUAUUGAAUGGAUAUUUGCAGCAAGGUACAUAGGACUGAUUAUAUCAAUUUCAGGCAGUAAUACCACUUUUAGUUGCAGUGAGAAACUUUAGAUUGACAGAGAUAAGCAGCAAUGAUAUUUAAUUUCAGAGUGAAAGGGCAAAUUAAGACAUUAAUGAGAAUAAUGUUAUUUAAAUAUAGCUCUAUAGUUGUUACUUUAGUGUUCUUUGGAGUGUGGUUAAAGAUUGAAAAUGUAUUGAAAGGAGAUAGAAGUAUUGAUUAUUGACCUUGAUUUUGUAAUACCCCUUUAUGGCCAUCUCGCUGUCACAACAUUUUCAGUUUUCUGUGCAGAAUUAGUUUCAAAUUUCUUGAAACAGGCCAGGCGUGGUGGCUCAUGCCUGUAAUCCCAGCAUUUGGGAGGCCAAGAAGGGCAGAUCAUUUAAGGUCAGGAGUUCCAGACCAGACUGACCAACAUGGUGAAACCCCUGUCUCUACUAAAAUACAAAAAUUAGCCCGGCGUGGUGACAGGCGCCUGUAUUCUCAGCUACUCUGGAAGCCAAGGCAGCAGAAUCACUUGAACCCGGGAGGCGGAGGUUUCAGUGAGCCAAGAUCACGACACUGCACUCCAGCCUGGUGACAGAGCGAAACUCCCUCUCUAACUAACUAGCUAACUAACUAACUGGUUUCUUGAAAUAAAAACCUAAAAGUCUAUGGUGGGGUAUUUUUAAUAGAAGGCUAUGUUACCGAAAUUGAAGAAAAAACUCAAAUUUUAAAAUCAAUCUUAGUACAAUAUAUAGGGUAUGUAUUAUGAGUGGCAGAAAAAAGGCUAUUCAUAUAGUUUGUUGUCAUUGAACUGUAUGGCGAUUAUAUAGAAACUAUAUAUAAUUUGGAAAAAUUAAAAAUGCUAGUUUUGAAACUGACCUCUAUGUUUAAGUAAGUAAACCCAUAAUCAGAAAACCUUUAGAUAUAUGCGGUAGAAUUUUGUUCCACAUUCAAAGAAUGUUUUGUACUUUUGAGAAAAGAAUUAGUGAUCUUUUUGUUCUUUUGUGCAGUCAUUAAUUGUGAGCACCAUGCUUUCCCUCACUCCGGUGGCUCUGCUCUUUCCUGGCAGAGCGUAACAUGCAACAGUGGGAAGGAAAUGGCCCUGCAUCUUUUGGCAGUACUAGGGAGCCAUGAUCAGGCCGACUGCUGCGCCCAGAGGUGGAGCAGGAGUAGUAGGUGGGCUGAAAUGUCUUCUUGGUGAGGCAGAAUUCCCAUGCCCCCAACAGAGAGUCACUGAUUUAUUCCAAACCAAGAAUAGUUAGAUAGAAGCUGUCAUAAGUGACUUUAGACCAGUAUCACAUAUGAUCCUUUUCUAGGAGGCUACUCAUUUGGGAUCUAUAUAAUUCCUCGUGGAAAAGACAUUCCAUUUCAGAACAUCCCAGUACUCUCCUGCCUAAAGGCUGUAGGUAAUAGGCUUUAAAAAGCAACUCAUUCCCUUGCUUUUCAUAACAUGCAUGACCUCACCUCUUCCCCCUGAGGAAUGAAUGCUUAUCUAUAUUGCUAAAGUUUAUACGUGUGGAGAUAAUAUUUUAAAUUUUACAAUAAAUGUAAAUUUUGGAGUAAAUGAUUUCAGUAUUAGUAAAAAUUGGAUACAUUUUAUAAGUCAAAGGAUUUUUACAUGGCUUAAGACUAGAAGGUAGGUUUCGUCCGCAUAUUUUUUGACAUACUAAAAAAUUGACCCAAUUUUCUAAGAUUUUCAGGGUGUUAGCAUUUAUACCUUUGUGUGUCAGUUUUAUCUUUGCACAUCACCAGACUCAAUUCGAUUUUAAAAUGUUAAUAACUUUAGGGAUAUUUAUAUUUCUGUUCUUUUGCUUUCAUAAAUUAUU